AUGGAGAACUAUAACCCCGAAUUGAGACAUAAAAUGGUAGGUGGUAGUGACAAUGGUGAUCAAGCCAACACAAUCAAGAAGAGAUGUUGUGGAUGCAACAAAGCAGACUUCUUUCCAGAGGAGUCAUUUCAGAACUGGGGGAACUAUGCCAAGGCAUUACGCGAGACGAAAACAAGGCUCAAAGAUCGUCUCUUGACUCGCUCGUUUGACCAACUAGAGCUUCACGAAAUGCGUGGCCGUAGCCAGCAUGAGAUGAAAAAGACCCUCAAUUGGUUUGAUCUCAUCUGGUUUGGUGUUGGCGCUAUAAUGGGAGCCGGAGUUUUUGUCCUCACCGGACAAGCAGCCAGGGAAUAUUCUGGCCCUGCAGUCCUAAUUUCAUACCUUAUAUCAGGCAUUUCUGCACUACUCUCUGUCUUGUGCUACACUGAAUUUUCUACUGAACUUCCAGUGGCUGGAGGCUCUUUUGCAUAUCUAAGAGUUGAACUUGGCGAUUUCAUCGCGUUCAUCGCUGCUGGAAACAUCCUUUUCGAGUACAUUGUAGCAGGGGCUAGUGUGGCACGAUCCUGGACUUCAUACUUUGCGACAUUGUGUAACCACAAGCCUAAUGAUUUUCGAAUAAAUGUCUCAUUCUUGGCUGAGAAUUACAACCAUUUGGAUCCAAUUGCAGUUGGGAUCUCCAUAGCCAUUUGUGUUGGUGCCUCGUUGAGCAUGAAGGGGUCAGCUCGGUUUAAUUCAGUAGCAACAAUAUUACACAUUGGAGUCGUAAUCUUCAUUCUUGUUGCUGGACUUACUAAGGCAAACCCUGCCAAUUAUGCUAACUUUGCCCCAUAUGGUAUCCGCGGUAUCCUGAAAGGCUCAGCCAUGCUCUUCUUCGCCUAUGUCGGGUUUGAUGGCGUGGCAACGUUGGGGGAGGAGAUCAAAAACCCGGGCCGAGACAUUCCCAUUGGCCUCAUAGGAUCAAUGUUGAUCAUUAUAACAACUUAUUGUCUUCUAUCAGCAACAUUAUGCCUAAUGCAACCAUACUCAGGGGUUGAUCCUGACGCACCAUUUACUAUUGCAUUCCAAGCCACAGGGAUGAAUUGGGCUAAGUUUAUUGUUGCCUUUGGUGCAUUGAAGGGCAUGACCACAGUUUUGCUUGCUAACAUUGUAGGGCAAGCUAGGUACUUCACUCACAUUGCGCGAACGCACAUGGCUCCUCCGAUACUUGCAGUCAUCAGUGAGAAAACCGGGACACCAGUGAACGCCACCGUGAUCAUGACAGUGGCCAACUCCAUUGUUGCAUUAUUCACAAGCCUUGAUGUUCUGGCAAACCUUCUAUCUAUUGCCACACUCUUCAUAUUCUCACUUGUGGCCAUUGCAUUGAUAGUGAGACGACAUUAUGUCUCAGGGGAGACAUCAGAAACCGACAGAAAUAAGCUCAUUGGAUUCUUGGUUUUGAUCAUAUUGUCCUCAAUUGGCACAGCCAUCUACUGGGCAGCUAGCGAGAACGGGUGGUUCGGGUACGUAAUCACUGUAACAAUCUGGUUUUCUGCAACCUUGGGACUGAAGUUGAUGGUGAAGGAAGCGAGAAAACCAAAGGUGUGGGGUGUGCCAUUGGUUCCAUGGUUGCCAUCAGCUAGUAUAGCCAUCAAUGUGUUCAUCAUGGGUUCCAUUGAUGGACCUUCAUUUAUGAGAUUUGCAGUGUGGACAGUGUUAUUGCUGAUAUACUAUUUGUUUGUGGGACUACAUGCUUCAUAUGAUGCAGCCAAAGAAUCUGAAUCCGAGAGAAAAGUUGAUGCAACUGAGGCAACAAAUAUUGAAGCUGGUGUAACAAAUAUUGAAGCUGGCGGAAGAACGUAA